AGCAAACACAAUAGCCAACUUCAGCUCAUAAAAAGAAAAAAAAAAAACAAAAACCCAAUUAAAUGUUUAAUAAUCUUGGGGAAAAUGUCAACAGAAGAUCAUGCCAAUAUCCAAACAUCAUUGUAUGAUGAUAACGAAUUGUUACCACUUUUAAUAACAUUUCCUGAAAUAACUGAUUGUAAAAUCAAUACUGAACAAUUUCUCAAUGCAUCACGUGCAGCAUUAAAAAUGAUUGACAGAUUUGGAAAAGUUUUUACAGCAAUAAAAUAUGAUAUGCAUACUAAUAUUGAAAAAUUAACAUCAAAAUUUAAAUCUAAUGAGGAAAAAUAUUCAACACUUCAAGAUAUGAUAUUAGUAGAAAAAAAAAGUCAUAAUAAAAAUAAAUUUGUGAUUGAAUCAAUACUUUGGCUUGCGAGGGAAUUACGAAUGAUUCAAUUGAUAUUUUCAAGAAUUGUUGAGGCACAUGAAAUGGGUGAUCCACCAGAAGAAUUAUUUCCAACAAUAAAAGAUGCUUACAGGGAAUCACUAGAACCAUAUCAUGGUUUUAUGGCAACUCAACUCUUCAAUUUAUUAUCACGAAAUGUUCUUCAACGUUCAGAGUUACUUUUACAUCUUGCAAAUGGUAUUGGAGGUAGAGAAGAAACAACACUUAUGUUAAUGGAAAUAUAUUCUGAAGGAAUAAGAAGAAUUAUAUUAAAUCUUCAUCGUUUUAUGAGAACACAUAAUUUAGGACCAGUAUUACACAUUCACUAGCAACAUCUUGUACUUUAACUUUUAAACGCUUUUUUCACUUUUAUAAUUAUUUACAUGAAUUUUUUCUACACAAUUUUAAUAAUGAAAUUAAUUGUA